GCAGCUGUGGCAGGAAGAAUUCUGGAAUGCUAACCCUGAGGUCUGGGUUGGAACUCGGUUUACGGCACUGAUUGCCACUUUUCCUUUCAUGAAACAGUAGGAUUGCACACCGUGAGAAUUUGAUAAGAAAACGGCUAUGAAAUCCCAGGCACGUGGUAGUACGUCUUCAGAAAACGGCCUCUUUCUUUCCUUCUCUGGGCCUCAGUUUCCCCAUCUGUACACCUGGAUGGAGGAGCCAGGGGCGCUCCGCUUGCUCUCCCAGCCGGGAUCCUGCAGCAUCACGGAGCCGCCGCCAGAGGGAGGCAGAACGCCAGCCACGCCGGGAGAUGUCGCGCACGCGCACUCCCAGAGACGCCGCGCCCGCCCACGUGCGCGUCACUUCCGGUGCGGGGGGGCCGGGCCGGCCGGGCGGGAGUGCGGGUCGGUUCUGUGCGUGCUGCCAGACGAGCUUCCAGCCGCCGAUUGACCCGCGCUCCGCCCUGCAGCCGGGCCGGGACCCUAGUGGCUAAUGUCAGAAGAAAGUGACUCUCUGAGAACCAGCCCCUCUGCAGCAUCGCUCUCUGAGAAUGAGCUGCCGCCACCGGCCGAGCCUCCUGGCUACGUGUGCUCACUGACCGAAGAGCUGGUCCUCAAAGCUCGGGAGGAGCUGCAGGAGAAGCCCGAGUGGAGACUCCGGGAUGUCCAGGCCCUCCGCGACAUGGUGCGCAAGGAGUACCCCAACCUGAGCACGUCCCUGGACGACGCCUUCCUGCUGCGCUUCCUCCGGGCCCGCAAGUUUGACUAUGACCGCGCUCUGCAGCUGCUGGUCAACUACCACAGCUGCAGGCGAAGCUGGCCCGAGGUCUUCAGUAACCUGAGGCCCUCGGCCCUCAAAGAUGUCCUCGGCUCCGGGUUCCUCACCGUGCUGCCCUGCACGGACCCCAGGGGCUGCCACAUCCUCUGCAUCCGCCCAGACAGGUGGAUACCAAGCAACUAUCCAUUUACUGAAAACAUCCGGGCCAUAUACUUGACGUUAGAAAAACUCAUUCAGUCCGAAGAAACCCAGGUGAAUGGAAUUGUCAUUCUCACAGACUACAAAGGAGUGAGCUUAUCAAAAGCAUCUCAUUUUGGCCCUUUUAUAGCCAAAAAGGUGAUUGGCAUCCUCCAGGAUGGUUUCCCCAUUCGGAUCAAAGCAGUCCAUGUAGUAAAUGAGCCUCGAAUAUUUAAAGGCAUUUUUGCCAUCAUUAAGCCAUUCCUAAAGGAGAAAAUAGCCAACAGAUUCUUCCUCCACGGGUCUGACCUGAACUCUCUCCAUACAAACCUCCCAAGAAACAUUCUCCCCAAGGAAUAUGGGGGCACAGCUGGGGAGCUGGACACUGCCACCUGGAACGCAGUGCUGCUGGCCUCAGAGGAUGACUUUGUGAAAGAGUUCUGCCAGCCUGUCCCUGCCUGCGACAGCAUCCUGGGCCAGGCGCUGCUGCAGGAGGGGCUGACCUCAGAUGCACAGUGUGACGACUCCAUGCGCGCUGUCAAGUCCCAGCUCUACUCUUGCUAUUAGCCAGUCCCCCGGGAGUGUCAGCCCACCCAGCUCUCCUUUCCUUUCUUCUUCAGAUACUCAGAAGAACUUACGGUGCCAAGGCCUCAGUCUUGCUCUCUGUAAUUAAAUGGCAGCAUGGAAGAACCAUAGGGAGAGCACCCUAAGCGAGCCCAUCCUGGUGGUUGAGCCAUUGGCCACAUGAUUAUUUUGGGGGAAGACAUGGAAAGUAUUCCCAUCGAUUCCCAAACUCUCAGCUUGCUGGAAGCUGUCUCUGCUUCAUAUGUAGCUCAGAAACAAGCAAAGUGGGGACCAAAGUGACUGGUCUUCCCAGAAGAAAAACCACAAUUGGCCAGUCAGCAUUAUUCUCAUGCAACCAUUUGGCCAAAUCCAUAAUGUGGCCAAAUGUGAGGCGCUGGGAUUCUGUCUUUCCUGUGAACCUUAACUGCAGACUUGUGUUGCUUGAGAUACAGGCCCCAGUUGCCAUCACUGGGCCUAGAAAGCACCUUCACUGAGUGGGAACACCAGAACCCGAGCAGCACUUCCUAGCCAGAUUUGGAAAGCCAGAGACUUCAAAGCAUCCUCGGAAUUCCUUUAUUUGGAUCUUGCAAUAGAAACUCCCACCCCCACUGGGCGCUGGCGGCUCACACCUGUAAUCCUAGCCACUCAGGAGGCUGAGAUCUGAGGAUCAUGGU